CGGCCUCAAACCCAAGUUGCUCGCUGUCGACCACCAUCUCCAGGGCAGAGCGAGCCGUCCCCUACCCUAUGCUUCUCGCGCUCCCUAACCCAGUUCUCGCCGUCACUACCGACGUGCUCAGAGAUCUCGACGGCGAUGAAGCCCUAACAAGUCUUUGGUUCCUGUUUACAAAGUGCAAAAGCUCUCUGCAUGACGGCAGGCGUCUUGAAAACAUAUCUUGGCGACUAUGGCACCGGGAAAUGGCUGAGAUGCAGACUUACCGCCCACUCACGCCCGCAUCGCCAACCACAGAUGCCACCAGAUGUUCACCGUUUAAUUCCCACCCGCAGGCGGGUGAGAGAGUCGUCAAGACGCCCAAUGACCGAAUGCGCAUCGGCAAGCUGAUUGAAGACAUUGGGAUGAGCCAGCCCAUUACCAGCUGCGAAAUUAACGGAAACCAAUGCAAGCCCAGUAGCAACAAGGAAGGGCUCGAAGCCAAUACUGUACGGUCGUCAUUACCUACGCCGUCGGCGGACACGGUGAUAAUAUCCAUCAUCCCGGUGUGCGAUGCCCUUCAAGCCGAAGGAUCGGUCGCGCCAACUUCACCCGCUUCCCGCCGUCCGGCAAUUUCUUCUCUUCAGACCCCCUCUCCCAGUGCUACAUCGUUCCCACGUGUUGUCGUGGUUAACCCGACUCCCAACCCUACACCUCAUCCUACGCCACCAGCAACUCCAGUAUUGCCGUCUACCAUAUCAAAUUUGCCAUUACCUAAUAGUCCUCCCCAGGCGCCCCCUGCUCUCUCUUCUUCGUCAAGACCUCCUGUCUCCUCUCGUCUACCUCCAGCCUCCUCUACAUCUCGCCAGACUCAAUCCAUGUCUCUGUACCCACCUGCACCCACCGCUUCUGCCGCGUCCCUCAAACCGUCUGAGCGCAUGUUCUAUGUUGGCACCGGUUCUCCGUCUUCUGCAUCUGGCACUUCAGAUUCUCCGCCGGCAUCUGGGUCAGGCUCAUCCAGCUCGCCAUCAGCAUCCGCGACGUCAGAGCUGCCGACAGAAUCUGCCCAUCGUCCACGGUCCUUAUCAAGUGAUGGCCGCUCCAGCAGUGAGAGCAGCAGCAGUCAUACCGAUUUCAGCGACGAGCCCGAACCAGGUGAUGUCCAAUCAAGAUCAUCGUCAGGCGUCAGGCGUCGAAUCCAACCCAAGAAGAACUCAAAGUUUUUCGUACACGGGGCCCGUCAUCAUCACGGCAUCGGUCACUGGCCGAAUGGACGAGUUAGUUCCCUGAGUCAGAGUAAGGAGAAGGAGCGCGUGGACAGAGAAGAGAGGGAACGUUUGGCUCGCGAGAAAGCCGAGUUGGAAGGUCAGAGAAAACUGAGGUUGGAGCAGGAGGAGCGGACGAAACUGCAAGCGAGAGAAAGGGAACGAGAGGCCGAGCGGAGACGACAGGAAGAAGAGGCGAAAGAGCUGCAACGAGAGAAAGAAGCAGCGCGAGAGCUGGAGAGAAUGAAGGCUCGCGAACUAGCCAAAGAGAGGGAGCGUGUUAGGCAAGCUGAGCGAGAACGUGAGCUUCGUCGCCGAGCUUCCAUGGAAACCUUACCUCGACAGCCUGCCGUCGACACCGAGAUCUUCGACUUCAAUGAGGAUGCGUCGUCCGACCCUUUCCUUCCAGCUAGCGGUUCACAGCCGGAACUUACACGGACAUACUUUGGACUCAGUCGUGCUCUCAGUCCUCCGAAACCAAGUACCUCAAAGGGCAAAAGGAAAGAUCACGGUCGACGACAGCUUACAAAGUCGGGGACUGAUCUCCAGGCCAUGGUCAAGGAGAAAGCGACUGCUCGUAUGCAGAUGCAACGAUUGAAGGGCGCCUUUACGCCUCUGAGGAACAGUCCAUCGACGAGCCUCAAGGAAGACACCGGAGUACAACGUCCGUCACGCAAGGCUUCACGCGAAACUUUACCUCAAGCGCCUGUUAAGAAACAAAGUCCUCCCAAGCCACCAAGUGCGAAGGGUAAGGAGAAGGCAAACUCUCAGCAGCAGCAGAUUGGAGGAGGGCGUCCCAUCGUCAUCGUCGACGAAUCUGACGAAGAAACCGACUCUGGCGAGGAUGGAUGGACGUCUUGUGAUGACGAUAGCGCUGAAGUUGAGGCCGUUAUUAGUGAACCCGAGCGUAUAUCGCCUCGUCGUAAUGUACAACCCCCCCAAAAUACCCGACAUCCACCUUCCAAUACCACUACGAAGCCCCGAAACCCUCGUCGACAACAACCGCCGCCUCCGGACGCUGCUAAGCUGCAAGAUGCAGUAUUAGAAGCGGCACGGCAGCGCGAUAUGUUCGUCAAGGUCCCCAAGGGCAGCUAUACCAAUCUUAAUCGGACCAAUUCUGGCCUCCUUAGUCAACUUAUGAAUCCGGAUCCUGCACGUUUACCUCACAGUCAAUACCGCCGUGUGGAAUCUAGUGCCGAACUUGGCUCUGGGAACAGACACAUAGGAAAAGAUGCAGGACUACAGCCGAGCCAUAGUGCAGUGGCGUUACCCGUAUCUGCACAGAUCACUGUCGGAAGCGUGCGGGAGAAAGGAGAGGUCAAGACAAACCCUGUGGGCACAGAUCGAACUUCUCCAUCGGGGAAUAGUGGAUACCGGCGCAAAGGACGGCCGGAGGACGAGGAGAUGGAGGAUGAUUCCGAUGGGGAGGACGGCAAUCCACUGAUCGUUUCGAACAGUGUUGCCGAAGAGCGCCUGAGAGCCAUUUUUGGAAGUAGUCGAGGAGGAUCUGCACUUCCAGGAGUCAAAGGGAACAGGAGCGAGCCAUCUAUCCAACCUGUGCCUUCGCCACCGCCUAUACCAACACCCGCGAAAGACCUUCCCACUGUUGCUGAAUACGCUGAAUACGCACCGCUGGGAUUCCCAUACAAUUUACCCGUCGCUGCUAUACCUUCGACGCCACGGACGACGAGACAGAACAUGCUCAGGACGGAGAUGUCUGAGAGCGUUCGGCAGAACCUUUUGUGGUCGCGAUAUAUCCAUAAGCAAAGUGUACUGGGUCCCCGGAGAAAGAGUAGUCCGUCACUGCCUGAUCGUGAACCUAUCGCAACGAUUAAUCCCGUCGUCCAUCUGACGAAGCGGACCGACGGACGGCGGUCUGGUGGCGCUGAUGCUGAGCGGGAAGCGGUGCGGAGGGAACUUCAACGGGUGCAUCUGACACGGAACAAGAGUUGGGCUGCAGAAUAUCAUCCUACGCAAUGGGAUUAAUAUCUUUAGCCCGUGAUGAUGGAUAUGUCGCAUUGUUCGUUGUUGAUUGUAUCUUUGCUGAAAGUGUGGUCCUGGGUUUAUACUUUAUAUCCCUAUUUUCCCUGUCAUUUGUUUUCUCUUCUCUCAGGGUGGACACCUUCCUCAUUAAUGAUAAUCCUAGCAUUCGUCGGCUAUAUUGGCGACUAGUAUUCUACUUUUCUCGUCCUACUGCUUUGUACCUUUUUCAUUGUGUCUGUAUAAUAGUGUUGAAAUGCUUUCGGUAACAUUUGAUGUACUGUACAAUUACUCAAUCGGCGUAGUACAUAGUAAUGGAACAUAACAGUUAACUUCGCUUACUCA